UAGAUUGUAGAAUGCAAGCUUUUGUGUGUGCUACAAUGAGCAGACCUUUUACUACCGCCGCCUUGGUAGCUCCGGUCACCCACUCUCUUCUUCCUCGUCAUCUCCGCCUCUCAAAUCUGCCUCCAUCUCUCACUGCAACAACCGACACUAGUACGUUUCGCCGACGUUUCUUCUCGCCGUACAAUUUCCGACCUGUUUCCGGUCCGGUGACAGCCGGUUUAGGUGGUUUUGAUGUUACCGGAGAUGGUGGUUCAAUGUUUCAGGAUGCUGGAGCGACGGCUUUGGUUAUCGCCGGCGCUUAUGCUUUUGUCUCCACUUUUGAUUUCUUAUCCGAGCGGAAGCUAAUUGAACAGAACUUAAGCAGAAAGCUGGUCCACAUAUUGUCUGGUCUGCUUUUUAUGGCUUCCUGGCCGAUUUUCAGUGCAUCAAGAUGGGCUCGCUACUUUGCUUCUGUAGUUCCACUUACAAACUGCCUGAGACUUGUGAUUCAUGGCCUAUCUUUGGCUACUGAUGAGGGGCUUAUAAAAUCUGUUACUAGGGAAGGAAAGCCAGAAGAAUUGCUGAGAGGGCCUCUAUAUUAUGUUUUAGUGUUAAUUUUGUGUGCGGUUCUCUUUUGGCGUGAGUCACCAGUUGGAGUAAUUUCAUUAGCAAUGAUGUGUGGUGGUGAUGGAAUCGCUGAUAUUGUUGGAAGAAGGUUUGGGUCCACAAAAUUACCUUAUAAUAAACAGAAAAGUUGGGCUGGUAGCCUCUCCAUGUUUGUUCUCGGUUUCCUGGUAUCGGUUGGGAUGCUGUAUUACUUCUCGGCGUUGGGAUAUUUUCAGUUGGAUUGGGUUUCAACUGUAGAAAGAGUAGCUUUGGUGUCAUUUAUAGCAACUAUGGUGGAGUCUCUCCCUAUAACUGGAAUGGUAGACGAUAACAUUUCUGUUCCUUUGGUAAGCAUGGUUGCAGCAUCAUUGGCUUUUGCUUAUUAGAAUGUUGUUAUCUUCCCGGGACUAUGCUGUCAU